AUGGCGAAAGUAACUUACACGGUUUGCAUCGUGAACAUCGUUUUCUUCGCGAGUAUGAUACCGUUAUAUUUUUGGAAGGUUCUGAAAGUACCUUUGCGGCGACGUCUCAUUAAUUUGUAUCUGGCGAUGUCAUCGUCCACGGUGACAUUUUUCUACCUGUCUUACGUGUGCAUCUUGGGAGCGUGCUUCAAGAAACUUAACAAAAAUCUGAUACAGUUGAAUGGACCUUUGUCAGGCCGUCAUAAAGAAUUGACAGAGAAGCAAUUGUCACGAAGACAGAGUAUCAUGUUGUUGAUGAAGGUGAAAUAUUACGAGGAGGUGCACGAGGAAAUCAGCGACGCUGUCGAAUACCUGAAUACAAUGUUUCGUACAAUAAAUAUCGUUUCUGCGACUGUCACUUUCGCUGUGGUCACUUUUGAUUUGUACAAUACGAUCGCGCAAUGGUACGUCAGCGAUAAUGUAACAACGACGCGAGAUCGCAUGUCUCAAGUGUUUGAGGGAUUAACAUAUGUGGUAUUAAGGUUUGGGAAGUUCUGCAUAGUGGUUUGGGUCUGCGAAACUGCCGCGAACUAUGCAGCGGAGAUCAUUACCACGAUUCAUGAUUGUGUUAGCCACUGCGCGGAUGACACUAUCAAGCGCGAGCAAGAUAAUGCAGCUGUGCGUAUCGCUCGCAUAGUAAAAAAUUAUUUUGAAACGGAAAAUGUAAAGGUUUUAAAUUGGCCAGCAAAGUCUCCUGACAGAAGCAUUAUCGAGAAUGUUUGGGGAAAUCUCAGCCGAAUAUUACAUGAAGAUGGGAAGCAGUAUAAUACAGUGUCCGAAUUGAAAUCUGCAAUUUUAGAAUCUUAG